CUUCCCUUUUUUUCGCUCGGCCGCUUCACUCACCUGCGCACAAAUAGAGAGAGGGAGGGGAAAAGAAGCAAAAUCGACAUGUCCAGCCGCCCCUCCUCUCCUCACACAGAGCGGCGCAGCUCCAACCUUGAAGAUCGACCGGCAGGGAGGACGGCGGCAGACGGCCGCGCGACGCGACCACAUCCAGGCGGCGGGCAGGAACCACCGGCAAGCUGGAGCAUCUACCGUCGACCAGCUAGCCACCAAGCCCCAGCGGCAUCCAUCUGCCGCAAGUCUCUUCAGAUGGAUGAUCAAGGCAGGAUGAUAGACUUUGGUAUUCAAGGCCAUGAGUUCAGUCAAAGGACUACAAUACCUUGUCCAAAUAUUGGUCACCGUCAGGACAAUGGACUUGAUGACCUGGAGUUUACUCAAGGAGCUACAGGACACCAAACAAAUAUUGGUCAGGACAAUGGACUUGAUGACUUGGAGUUCAGUCAAAGGAUCAUAGGACGCCGUCCUAAUUUUGGUACGCUGCAGCGUUGUGAUGACCUCGACUUUGACCAAAGGAGUGCAAGGCAGCAUGAGGAUAGUGGUACAAAAUCUCUUAAUCUCAGUCUUGUUAAUGUGGUGAAUUACUGAAAUUUAAUCAUGGAAGCACAAUUGCAUAUUAUGUAAUAUAGCUCCUUGUUAAUUGUGCAUGGCGAAGGUUGAAUAGUUCUCUACGAUUCCGCGGCCUUUGACGUACUUGUGCUUGUUCUUGCAAAUGGUAUCUAGUUCCACGGUAUGGGGCAAGAAACUGUGGUGUGUUUGCAUAGCCCGCAUCUACAAGAUAAUAUUUACCAUGAGGUACCUGAAAUCCAUGGUUAAGUGCAUCUUGGAGAACCCUUGCAUCCGAGGCUGAUCCUUCCCAGCCAGGAUGCACAUGCACAAACCUCAAAUCAAAGUCACAUGCAACCAUAACAUUUUGUGUGAUUGUUUGCUUUCUGUUUCGAUAUGGCUCUUGUUCAUGUGGUGAGAUAGUCAUUGGAAUAUGUGUACCAUCAAUAGCACCAAUGCAAUCAUGUAUUCAUAUUAUAUCAUGAGAUAUUAUUUUGAAUAAAACUUCAAACAACCAUAUUACAUUUACCAAUACAAAGUCAGAAAUAUAUGAAAAUGUAUGCUUACAUUGAAGUAGGGAUGGAAAUGUGAUCUCCUCAAGACUGGAUGUGGUCGAAGAGAAGGUGGGCGUAUAUAGAUGCUUGCAAGCUUUGUAAUUGCCUCUAGUACAUCUCCAAAGUGUCGACUGAUGGUUUGCCCACUGUGCUGGAACCUAUCCUGCAAGGUUUCAUUACUAGCUUUUUUUGCAACUGCAUAUAAAAAUAUGGCAACCUUUUCUUCCAAGGAGACUAUUGUAGAAUCUUCAAGUAUUUCAUUCUCACGCAGCUUCUCAACCAGAGCAUGAAAGAUGUAAGCCUCCAUUCUGAAAUGCCUUCUGCAUAAGCUUUCAUGCCCAUUUAAGAUUUCCUGGACAUAAGCAGCUCCUGUAAGACUAGAUGUAUGCAUUGGUUUUUUCUCCCUUCCUUCUUCCAUGGUAGGGAAGACAAAUAACAUGAAUUCAUCCUCCAUCUGUGACCUCCUGUGAUAGCUUGGAUCCAUUGAAAUGUGUGUAAAUCAGCAAGAAAUGCUGAAAAUAUUUGUAUGUUCUAUCAGUGAGAUGUGGAUCAGCAAAGAAAAUACGGAGCUAAAUCAUAUUGUCAAUGCAUAUGUACUAACCUGUUGUUUAUGUUAUCCUGGUUGUUGUUGACGACCAUGCUAGAAGCUGCUGGAGGGGUUCCUUCUUUGGUUAGCUAACCAUAAACUGAAGAUGAGAUUUGUGUGUAUUCUGAAGAUGAGAUGUGUGUGUUUUGAUCUCCACAACAAGAUGAUAUAUAGGGAGAGAAAGCUAGUACAGCCAUGUAACGGCUAGUUGCUUGAGAGAAACUAACGGCUAGUUGCUUUAAAUUAAAAUAUUAUUUCUUUA